CCCACCCACCACCUCUUUUCUUCCUCCUGCUCCGCUUUAUCUUCAAAACACCUUAAUCCCUUUUCCCUCAUUUUCCCUCCGAUUUUCUCUCUAACCAAACAUGAAGUUUGGAAAGAGCCUCAGCAAUCAGAUCGAUGAAACCUUGCCCGAAUGGCGGGACAAGUUCCUUUCCUACAAGGACUUGAAGAAGAGGUUGAAGCUCAUCGAACCCAAGCCCGCUGACCGCCCCAAUAAACGUCCCAGAUUCGACGCCGUUGCGGGAGAUUUUAGCGAAGCCGGAGUAGUCGGCUCCGGGGAAAGCAUGUCGAGGGAGGAGAUUGAUUUCAUUCAAUUGCUGGAAGACGAGCUUGAGAAAUUCAACACUUUCUUUGUUGAGAAAGAGGAAGAGUACAUCAUAAGAUUAAAGGAAUUGCAAGAUAUGGUAGCGAAGGCAAAGGAUUCAAGUGAAGAGAUGACGAAGAUAAGGAAAGAGAUUGUGGAUUUCCAUGGAGAGAUGGUUUUAUUGGAGAAUUACAGUGCUCUUAACUACACAGGAUUGGUAAAGAUACUCAAGAAGUAUGACAAACGAACUGGUGCUCUGAUUCGCUUGCCCUUCAUCCAGAAAGUUCUGCAGCAACCUUUUUUCACCACAGACUUGCUCUACAAGCUCGUGAAGGAGUGCGAGGCAAUGCUCGACCGCCUCUUUCCCUCAAAUGACAAGUCAGCAUGUACUGAGGCACUUAAUGGGGACGAAGAGUGUGAUCCUUCAACUUCUGAAACUACUAAGGACGAGAAUCUGCUGAGAGUUCCUAAGGAGCUUGCAGAGAUCGAGCACAUGGAAAGCUUAUACAUGAAGAGCACUAUAUCGGCUCUACGAGUACUAAAGGACAUUCGAAAAGGAAGCUCGACAGUAAGUGUGUUUUCCUUGCCGCCGCUGCAGAUAAGUGGGUUGGAGGAUGAUGCUUGGAAGAAAAUUCCUGUUCUGGAACAAGCGGCCAAAUAGAUGGAUUUUUGUCAGAGGGAAUUUCACUUGUGUUCCCCUCCUUUUUUUUUGUAUCAUCUUUUUUUUUUUUUUUUCCCCCCACUUUAAUCUUUUACUUUUUUAGUUCCAUGCCUCUUAUAUGCAUUGUCUUAGAUACUAACACACUUGUAAAAUGCUAAACUUAAACUUGGAUGAAUUAAAAUAUAAGUACAAGUUUCCCGUUUCCCAGAA